CACGCACGGUGGAAUGCCUGGACGCACGUUGUCGCAAACCCUUCAGCAAUUUAAGUAUAUCCAGCUCAUGCCGCCUUAUAUCGCCCUCGCCUAUGGUGUAGUCCUGUCGACCAUCCUCGCGUAGCAUUUGUCGCUUUCGCCGAGAGAAUAAGGUGCGCCACAGCAGCUGUGAUCAACUGCUGCGCCUCUCUCUCCACAAGCCGAAGAAACUAGUCUAGUGCAAUAGCUGGACCCCAGGUUCCCGCAAGUGACGGUAAACACCGGCCUCUUGUGAAAUAAAGGCUUCAUCGCGAUUGCGAACAGGCUCAACGUCUUUCAGUUUCCUUGCAUCGUCGGCAGCAGUUGGUGUGACCGCAUGAAGGUCCCUGCGUGGAAAGAAUUUGGCCAUCAACAAGAGAAGCGUUUGCGACAAACCAAGCGCAAUGGCGAACCCAAGAGGUAGCGUCGCUCAAUAUUCCGCGAUGGUACUGCUGGAUUACAUGCAGGCACCCUCGGUGGGUCUCUACUUCCUUGCCGCGACGGCGUUCGGCAUGUGCGUGCUGCAAAAGUCGAAGCCAAUCUCACGGAAACGCCGGCGCCUCACAAUCACAAUAGCAUUCACUCUACUGGUGGGCUACGUCGCAGAGCUUAUCUACUACUUGAGCCGAUCAAUUGCGGACUUGCAAUAUACCGCUCCGCAACACGCAGCUAUCCGAUGCUUAGGAUCAGUAUUGGUCUGGAUUCCCCUCAGCUCAUCUAUCGUCACCAGCAAAACAUUUAUCUGGCACCCAUACUUUGGAAGUUUCGUUGUCCAGUUCGUAUUUGAGGCGAUAACCUGCCUGCUUCGUGGGUUUUCUCUACCGCUCGAUGAUCGAUAUAGCAACAUCCCACUCAGCAUCAGCGCAGCGAGAGCAUUCGUUUCUUUCGUCCUCCUGGUAGAUUCAUUCUUAAUCUUGAUAUCAGUAAAAGGCGAAAGAGGGACGGAUGAGGAAGAGCAGUCCCUACUGGGAACGCAAGCGAAUGGAUCCACUACAGCAAACGGAUCGACACAAGCGAAUGGGAGCGCGGGAUACGGUUCGAUCGAACAGGCAGUACCAGACGACAGUGACGAAGACGAAUCCCCGGCUACUGAUAAAGAAAUCAAAGAGCAGCAGGCAAAGCGACUUGAAGAGCAGGGUGGCUGGUUCGGAUACCUCAAGAGCUUCAUGAUUUUCCUGCCCUACCUAUGGCCCAAGGACGACUGGAGAAUCAUGCUCGCUCUCUUCCUUCGACUCAUUCACUUGAUCCAGGGGCGUGCACUUAAUCUUCUCGAACCGCGACAGCUUGGUAUCAUCACCAAUAAGAUUACUCAAGGCGCACAUGAGAUGCCGUGGGGCGACAUCGGACUGUGGACAUUAUACCGCUGGAUCAACAGUUACAGCGGUCUCGGUAUCAUAGAUAACUUUGCCGAGACAUACAUUGGUAACCAAGCUUUCGAGAGAAUUACGAUACUGGCGUACAAACACCUCAUGAGUCUCUCAAUGGACUUUCACACCGCCAAGGACUCUGGCGAGGUGCUGAAGGCUGUUGAGCAGGCUUCCUCACUCAAUUCGCUGAUUGAGUUAGUCUUGUUCGAGGUCUUCCCCAUCCUUGUCGAUCUUAUCAUUGCGAUGUACUACGUCACGCACCUCUUCGAUGCCUACAUGGCUUUCCUCGUCCUCUUCAUGGGCCUCGGAUACAUCUGGCUAGGGCUUUAUUUCACAACCUGGUCUCAGGCCCGUCGGAGGGUGUAUGUUGCCAAGCAGCGUACAGAAAACACGACCGUCAACGAGACAGUCCACAACUGGCAGACCGUCGCAUACUUCAAUAGGGUAGACCACGAGACCGAGCGUUAUCGAACCAACAUCCGAAGCACGAUUUCGGCUCAUUACGCAUAUUAUUUCCGCUCUGUGGGUGGCCACGCAGCACAAGAUCUGCUCAUGACCUUCGGCUUUACGGCGUGCUGCAUUUUCGCGAUCCACCAGAUCAUUUACAGCGGAAAGCCAGUAGGAAACCUCAUCACCUUCAUCAUGUACUGGGGCACUAUGAUGAGCCCCCUCUACAUGAUGUCCUACAGUUACCGCCACAUCUCCAGCAGUCUCAUCGACGCAGAACGUCUCCUUCAGCUCCUCCACACAAAGCCCAGCGUCUCCGACCACGACAAUGCUCAAGAACUCGUGGUCAAGGCCGGAAAGGUCGAAUUCAAAGACGUAGACUUCGCUUACGACGCGCGCAAGCAGAUCAUCAAGAACGUAAACUUCACAGUCGAGGGGGGCAAGACGCUAGCUUUCGUCGGCGAGACGGGAGGCGGCAAAUCGACAAUGCUCAAGCUGCUCUUCCGCUUCUACGACGUCACAAACGGCUCCAUUAUGAUCGACGGGCAGGACUUGCGCUCCGUGACGCUCUCCAGCAUCCGCGACUCCAUCGGCCUCGUCCCCCAGGAUCCCGCCCUCUUCAACCAGACAAUUCGCCAGAACGUGCGAUACGCCAAGCUCAACGCCACAGACGCUGAGAUUGAAGACGCCUGUCGCGCCGCCGCCAUCCACGACGACAUCAUCUCUUUCCCCGACGGCUACGCCUCCAAGGUCGGCGAGCGCGGCGUGCGGCUUUCCGGCGGCCAGCUGCAGCGCAUCGCCAUCGCGCGGGUGCUGCUCAAGAAUCCGAAGAUUGUGAUGCUGGAUGAGGCGACGUCGGCUAUUGACUCGGCUAUCGAAGCGCAGAUCCAGGAGGCUUUCAAGAAGCUGAGCAGAGGCCGGACGACAUUUGUCAUUGCGCAUCGACUAAGCACCAUCGUCGAUGCGGAUUGCAUUUUGGUGGUGGAGAAGGGCGAGAUUAUCGAGAGAGGCACGCACGCGGAGUUGAUCGCAAAGAGUGGGAAGUACUGGGAGUUGUGGAGCAAGCAGACUGCCGGGAAUGCGUCGGCGGCGGCGAGCACGAAGGAGGUUUUGAUCGAUGUCACAUCGCCGGAGGAGGAAGGCGCGAAGGCGUCGGGAAGGAGCGAUGGAGAUGGUGCGGUUGAGAGGAGAAAAUGAGCUCGUGAAUAUGGCGCGGAGUUUCCAUCAUGAACAAGCGUUUGUUUCUCUUUUGAAUUGUCACAUUAGAUUGCAUUCGAGGCCGCUGGCGUUGCAUCACGUGGGCAUGAGGCGCGGUCA